UACCUUGCCUCCACCUCCGCUCUGUCUCGCAACAAGCGCUUGGUUUUAGCAGUAGUGCUUCGCUCUCCAAUUUGUAAAAUUAUCUUCGCAUCGGAGAUAAGCUACCUGUUCACUUCUAGAAAUGGCUGAUAGAGAAGACAAGGUAUUCUGUGCAAAGCUUGCAGAACAAGCAGAGAGAUAUGAUGAAAUGGUGCAAGCAAUGGAAGAAGUUGCCCGAUCAGAUACUGACCUUGGUAUUGAGGAGAGAAACUUACUGUCAGUUGCAUUCAAAAAUGUUAUUGGGGCUAGAAGGGCAUCAUGGCGAAUUGUGUCAAGUUUAGAGCAAAAGGAAGAGGAAAAGAAAGCUAACAAAGAUGAAGCAAAACUUGAGAUGAUGAGGAGCUACCGGAAGGAAAUUGAAGCAGAAUUGCAAAAAAUUUGUAAAAGUAUUUUAACAUUGCUUGAUGAUCAUUUAAUCCCAAAUGCAGAGAAAAUGAAGUCCAACGAUCUUCCAGAAUUUGAGUCACAAGUCUUCUACCGUAAAAUGAAGGGAGACUACCACAGAUACCAGGCCGAAUUUGCUAGCGGUGAUGAGAGGAAACAAGCUGCGGAGAAGUCGUUAGUUGCUUACAAAUCAGCCAAUCAGACUGCAAACGACAAACUGAACCCAACGCAUCCAAUUCGUCUUGGUUUGGCUCUAAACUUUUCCGUAUUCUACUAUGAAAUCCUGGUGUCACCAGACAGGGCUUGCCGUCUUGCGAAAACUGCUUUUGACGAGGCCAUUGCAGAACUUGACACGCUAAGUGAAGACAGUUAUAAGGACAGCACACUUAUAAUGCAACUGCUUAGGGAUAACCUCACUCUUUGGACAUCUGAUGUCGAGGCUGAAGAGGGGAAAGGUGACACCGUCAUACAGGAUAUGGAGGACCAAGACGCGUGAUGACCUUGCAUUUCCAAAGAGAGUUGAUAGUUAUAAAAGACCUGCAUGGAUUAAUGUUCAAUACAGAUUGGACGUUCACGGACAGACUUUGAACUGUAAUUUAUUUUGGCUGUGAUUUGAUUCUCGUUGCUGUAUCUAUGGUUUAGCACUGCAGUAUUGUAUAGUGAAAGGCCUUCAAAUUAACGAUAUAGCUUAUUUUGUUUUUUGGUUACAACAUUCUGGGGCAGCUUCAGCGAUAGUGGACUUUUGGAGAGGGAAGGCUAUUCAUUCAAUGGAUAGCCAAGUGACAGAAAACUACUGCAAAAAAAUGAGUCCUUUGAAUGAAGGUUACUUUCAGAUUAAGCUUUCAAAUUCCUUUAAAAUUUGUCCCAAGUCAUUCAUAUUUUGCCUCAAGUUCUUAUCAAACUUUUCCUCGACUGUCCGCAUUUAAAUGAAAUUGCUUAAUAUCUGCAAAUUUGGACUAGACAAGUCACAAUUUUAGUUACUGAUGUAAGAGAUUCGGGUGCUAAUAGAUAUAUAACAAUAAACUUCUUAUGUAGUGGGAUUGUUUCAUGAUGGCAUUAGCUGGAAUAAGCGUUGGCAUAUUUGUUACCUAAGCCUUAACCGUUCGUUAGCAUGAUCUGCCUGUAUUGUUCCAUAACUUUAUCGAUUUUCCUUGUCACCUAGCUUUUAUUAUAUUUUAACGCUAAAAGAAAUGGAUUUGCA